UUUUGGCCAGGCCUGGUGUGUUCUGAAAAUUAGAAGUGUAUAUCUUCGAUUGGACGAUGUAAAAAAGUUUCCUUUCUCACAGAACGAUUGUUUUCACUAUAUACACUUGACGGUAUGCUUAUUGAACAGGCAAACGCAAUGGACCUCCCAAUAUUGAAUGUUGCUCUGUCGGGUCCUGUAAGGAAGCCCGUGCGGGCCUCAGCCGGAGACCCCGCGCUGCCUGCACCUCUAUCGUCUCGGUUGACAUGGAUGAUGAAGAUGGCAGGUGCUUGUUAGAUGUAAUUUGUGACCCGCAGGCGCUCAACGAUUUCCUUCAUGGACCAGAAACGCUUCUGGACACCGACGACCUGUUGGAUUGCUCAGCUGACCCCUCCAGCUCCUUCUUCACCAGUGCUGGGGGCCAUGUGCCAGAGAUCCAGCAGACCAAUCAGCUGUCAACAAGCGUGCCAGCAGAGGUUCCCAGCGGCAGCGUGGACCUGGACUUCCUGGAGGACGAUGACAUCCUUGGCGGCUCACCAGCUGGCGGUGGCCACAAUGGCGGCAUGGGGACCAAUAAUGAACCGUGUGACAUCUUACAGCAAAGCCUGGCAGAGGCCAACAUCACGGAGCAGAGCCUACAGGAGGCAGAGGAACUGGACCUGGGCUCAUUCGUGUUACCAGGGCUGGCACAGGUGGUGCAAACUCUUCCCGAUCCUAGCCUCUCUGGAGCCGGGGGGGGCGCAGUGGGGGUGGGCAUAGGAGUUGGGGUCGGAGGUUCGAGUCAGAUGUUCCCCUCCUCUGGCUCCACUGCAACGCCCCCUAAUGCUGCACAGGACAUGAUCGGGCCGGUUCUGGCUCACUCCGGCUUGCAGCUCCAGCCUCAGGGGAUGAACAAGACCAUCAAUGUGCAGCCUUUUAUGCAGCAAGUGACCCUGCAGCCACUCUCAAGCCUCCAGACCCUGCCCAAUGGGAGCCAAUCUGGACACUUGGGAAUCGGACAGAUUCAAGUGAUAGGACAACCCACCGUUAUGACUGUUAACCAGUCGGGUCAGCCGAUCCUGGCGAAAACCAUAGGGAGCUACCAGCUGCAGCAGCCUGGGCCGGAGGCUGGGGUCGCGUGCACACAGGGGGGCCUAGGAGGACCGGUCCUGGGCUCAGCUGGAGGCGGGAGUCUUCUGAUCCAAGGAAGCAAGGCCACUUUGGGUUCCCCAGCACUCAAUGGGGCUGGCAUUGGCGUGAGCAGUCCCAGCGUUAGCAGCAGUAGCAACAACAGUGGACCUACUUUUACUAGCGCUGGCGGGCUGGUCGGCUUCAGUGGUGCUACUAUUGGUGCAGGAGUUGCAGCCCAGCAGAAACCUUUGACUCAAGGUGCCGUCAUGCAGAACGUAGUUAUCCAGCGCACCCCAACACCCAUCCAACCCAAGCCUCCCCAGGGGGGGGUCAUCCAGCCCAGACUCUACAAACCACAGCAGCAGCAGCAGCAGCAGCAGCAACUCUCGAUCGCUAGUUCUUUGCCGAAUGACUCUAGCAAAGUGGUUGGGGUGCAGCAGGCGCAGGUGCCGGUCUCCGCGGGCCAGAAUGUGGCUUUCCUUGCCGGGAAACCCAGCGCUAAUGUGGUCCUAAGUGCGCCGACACCCCAGGGGACUUCCUACCCCCAGGCUCUAUUCAAGCAGCAGGCGCCGCAGGCGACGGGAAAACCGCUCAGCGUGCACCUGCUGAACCAGUCAGGCAGCAUCGUCAUUCCCUCCCAGGCCGUCCUGCAAGGUCAGAAGCAGCAGUUCCUCCUUCCCCAGCUGCAGACGGGAGGGCAGAUCUUGGCUCAGCACCCUGGCGGACACAUCAUCACUAGCCAGGGCCCCGGCGGGCAGCUGAUCGCUAAUCAGAUCCUCACCACUAAUCAGAACCUCAACUUGGGCCAGGUCUUGACGUCACAGGGGCAUUCUGGCACAGCCCAUAUCCUCUCGGGACACAUCCAGCUACAGCCCGGUCAGAUGGGUCCCCCCGCUCUUAUCCAUAUGCCCGUCUCUCUGGCUCAGACUCAGUCGCAGGCCCAACAGGCCGCUGGCCACGCCGCGGUUAUACAAGGGAUGCCCAUCCAAAAUUCCCUAGCCAUGCUGAGCCAGGUGGAAGGCCUGAACCCUGCUGUCAGCUUGCAGCCCUCUCAACAGCAGAUAGUUGGUGGCAUCCCAAGCAACAGCAGUGGGGCAGUGGCGACCGCCCAGUGCCAACCCACUGAGAGCGUCGCUGUUCUUGGCAGCACGACGGAUCAGGCGGCCCACCCCGUGCCGCCUGCCUCCCUCCUUACUGUCCCAGCCACUGCCUCAGUCCCUAUCCCUUCUUCCACACUGUCAGCCUCGCCGUCAUCUUCCUCCACCUCAUCCAACGCCUCGACUCUUGGCCCCGUGGUCCCCCAGGCCCAGCACAGCCCUGGGAAGCUGCUCCUCACCCAGCCGGCCUCGGGUGUGUUCGUGAACCAUGAGCCUCUGCAGAUGUUCCUGCAUCAGGAGCAGCAGCACAAAACAGAGACUGCCUCGCCCCCGUCGGGCUCAAUACCCGCUUCUGUCAUCGUCAGCAGCAGCGCUGCUCCUCCCACUUCAGGUCAUGAGAGCCUAUCAGCUGAGACAUGGCUAGGGCAAAGCUCCGCCCCUUCCCUCAGUCCCACCAACAAGACAGCAGUGGUUUAUCAGAUCCCUUCAACGGGACACCAUCCGCAGGCGAAGGUCCUGGGGGCCUCUCCUCUUCAGCCCCUCCUCGCGAGCGCAGCUCCCCCCUCGGGCAGGCAGUCGGACACCCCGUCGCCAGCACAGGCCCCUCCCCUCGUUCUGAGUCAGCAGAUUCAGUCCCCACACCACCAGCCUCAGACUCGCCCCCCCUCCCAGCCGCAGCCCCCCUCCCGCUCCUGCACGCCAUCCUCCCUGCCCCCCCUCUUCAUCAUCCACAACCAGAUUUCCGGAUCUCCCCAACACGCGUCGCACACCCCGCCGCAGCUUGCGGGCCAGAGUCAGCCCCCGUCACACCCCGUUCCCUUCCUGUCAGAGGUGCCCCCGCCCUCGGGUUCCCCCAAGCCGGCCCCGGCGCAGGCUGUGCAGUUCCAGUCGGCGGCUGCGUCAGGCCUGGAGACGAAGCAGCCGACGCAGCUGCAGAGCCUGACUGCGGAGCAGCAGCAGACCCUGCAGCUGGUGGGCGCUCAGCUGCAAGCGCUGUCUGCCGUGGCCCAACCAUCACCUCAGCAGAAGCAGCUGCUCGACAGACUCCAGCAGGUCCAUCAGAGUAUACUUCUCAAGCAGCAGCCCCAAGCCCAGCUCCUAGCCUCCAGUCAGUUCAGCCCCCAGCAAGACAUGCCUGCCGCCCAGAUCAGCACCUCGUCUGGGGUCGGGAACCUGACCCAGAUAGGCCCUCUGCUGCAGUCUGCGCCUGUACUGCUCAAGACUUCAGCUACAGUGUCCAGUGAACUCCAGAUGUUCUCAGGGGCUCCAGGAAUGGCUGAGGCCACAGUCAAACAAGUGGUUACUCCAGGCAGCCUUAACCAGCUGGUACAGCCAAAAUCAGGACUCAUCAGCUCGUUUGGAGGGCUUCCUGGAACGACAGGGCUCCAGACACAGGCCUUGUGCUCCGGAGUCUCCCAGCUGUCCUCACUGCAGGUUCCCACUUCCAUCAAAACACAGACUUCAGCUCUGAAGCUGCCUUUUGCAGUGCAGCCCAGCAAGGAGGCCAGAAUGCUGGAGCAGUUAAGGAGGCAGCAGGCGUCCGUGUUACACCCUGAUUACAGCUCACCCUUCAAGUCUUUUGGGGAUGCCUUACACAGACUAAUUCCCUACCAUCUUUAUCAGGGCAUCCCCUGCUCCCCGCAGGAUAACAAAAAAGUGGAUGAGGAGUUUGAGGCCGUGGCCAAUCAGCUGCUGAAGCGGACGCAGGCCAUGGUGGACAAGUACCGCCUCUUGCUGUUUGAGGAAUCUAAGAGGCUGGCUCCCUCCGCCGAAAUGGUAAUGAUGGACAGGAUGUUUAUCAUGGAGGAGAAGACCGCUCUCAGCCAAGAGCGUGUGCUGGCCAAGGAGAGGCCGGAUGAGUAUGCAGCCCUCCAGAGUGCAGCUGUCGCCCAGCGCCCCGCACCUACGGAUCCCAACCCCGCGGGGGCUUCCAAGCCCGUGGUGGGGGCUUUGAAAGUGGCACCGGCUCCCACCCUGUCUCACGUCACGCCCACCAAGCUGGUGAUCAAACACGGCGGAGGCGGCGCGUCCGUGUCUUGGUCGACGAGCUCGACGCCGGCCGGCUGCCAGAGCGCAGCCAUCACUCCCCCGUCUGGCCGCGCCGACGAGGGGGACGAGGACGCCCUCCCCCAGCGUAGCAAGAAGCCUCCUAUGAAGACGUACGAGGCACGCCGUCGGAUCGGCUUGAAGCUGAAGAUCAAGCAGGAGGCGGGACUCAGCAAGGUGGUCCACAACACCGCGCUGGACCCCGUCCAUUCGCAGCCACGGCUUCAUCACGCUUCGAACCCGCAAUCCCCCACGCAUCACCAACAGUCCAAGUCUGCUGUCGCCACGGCAACCUCGAACAGGACUCCUACCUGCGGCUCGGACUCCUCUGCCCUCGGCGUGCCCACUACGGCCGCGGCCGGCGCUCAGCACGUAGCACUUCCCUCCGCCACAAACUCAUCCUCUUCCUCGUCAUCUUCCUCGUCGACACAAGUGAAUGGGACGCUGGAGCAUCACGGGAAAUCUGGGAGCCAAGUGGCCGCCUCCUCGACCCCUCCCCCCACGUCCUGCCGGCUCCCUUUACGGAAAACCUACCGUGCAAACAUCAGCCCCCCGGUGCGUCCCGGUGUGGCAGGGGGGGAGGCCGGCGGCUCGGCCCGUCGCCACCACUGCCCCCCCCUCCCUACCGAAUCUCCCGUGCAUCAUCAGCAGGGCUCACGUUCGCCUCAUACUCGGACCGUCAUAGCCAGUGUUAAAGUGGAGAACCGGGGCAGCAGGUUCCAAAGAUCUCCCAAUACGAAGGCGGGGGGGCAGUGCGGAGCGGGUGACGGGGGCGGCUUGGGCAGCGUUAACGCUCAGGGGAAGGUGACACCCCCGGGGUUCAUAGAGGAGCUGGCCGAGGUGGAGGUGGUUUUUAAUCGUAGCAUCAAAAAUCAGCACCGCUCACGGGCUCCGCAAGGUCUGCGCCACUCGGGAGGGGAGGAAGAGGAGCGGGAUGGUGACAGAGGAAGGAGCAUCAGGAGCAGGGAGCUGGCCUUCCCGGCCGAUCGCCUUGGUUCCCCUUCUCCCACCGGCUCCCAAGGCUCCUGGGAUUCCUUUGUCCCGUCGAAGCGGCACAAGUCGGACUCGCCAGACAUGGACAACGCCAGCUUUUCCAGUGGCAGCCCCCCACCUGACGACUCUCUUAACGAGCACCUGCAGAGUGCCAUAGACAGCAUAUUAAACUUGCAGCAGGGCCCGCCCCCCACGUGCACCGGCAGCAGCAGUAAUGGUAGCGCCAGCGUAAAUGCGGGGAGAGGUCAGGGGUCGAAUCAAGCCCACCCUUCAGGUAGCUCCUAUAGAGCUGUGGGGUCGUCGGCGUCCCCUUCCGUCUUCCAGGGCAUGCAGGGGGACGGCAGCGGGAACUUCUCCUCCAGGGGGCAGAACGGAAAGCUGGUGUCACGGACGUACAGUAGAUAACGGUGCCCGACGCAGCAGGAAACAGGGAGACACAAGGAGCUUCUUGAGUGGGGCGGUGAGGGUCGUGCACAGUACAUCUAAAUGCUCUGUCCAGCAGUUUCUUUCAUCAGUUGUAAACAAGAAUAAGGUUCUGUGAAAUUCUGCCUUGAGGCAGGCCUAAUUUGAACAUAACUCUUUGGUUUCCACAGAGUGAAACUUUAAAACAAAAAGAUAAUAUUGAUUUUCAAAAUGUAACUACGAAACUGAUUAUAGUUUCCACUCCAUGUCUUUGUGCUUUAGUCUGCCAGACAGCAGAAAAUCCUGUGGUGUCAUUUCAUUGUAUCAAAUGGUAUGAAACCCUCCCUUCUGAGGAUGAUGCAUCCUCGCUGAACCGCGGUGUCGUGGAAAGGAAUAGCUGUCGCCGAAAGUGGCGUUUUCCGGGGGAAAUUGCACAUUUGCCGUUGCAAAAAACCGUUCAGCCUCCCGACUGACUCCAAAUCAGCUCUGCUCCCGCUGACAUCCUCCAGUUGGGUUGGGUGUAAAAUCGACGUCCCCCCCCCCCCCCAAAAAAAAAUCCAAAUAUUGUGAAAUGGUGCAUAAUUAUUUAUUGCAGAAUUAAACCUCCAAUGAUGAAUUUUUGCAGUGUACAUUAUGUAGUUAACAGAGAUGCAGGUCAUAGAAAAUGAGUUUUUUUUUUUUUUUUGUGUAUUUUGCACACACUCAAUGGCUUCUUGUCUCUCUGGUGCCUCUUGUGGCCCUUCAGACUGAAGGAAUGAAGCAUUGCCCUAAUUCCAGUGUCCUACUUCCCAUUUUUCUAUUGUUCGCCCCCUAUCAUUCCUCUUGCUUUCACCAUUCUAAGGUUCCGUUUUCUGUCCUUGUCCCCGCUGAGCCUUCCUCUGCCCCAAUUUUACAUGUGAUUUAUUUAUUUAUUAUUUUUUUUUUUGUAAUCCAAUCAUGCUCGCAGUAUGUUUAGAAUGUGGAGCACUGUCUGAAGGUGUUUCCAUCGCACUGAUCACCGCACGCAGCGUUCAGAAAGGGCUUAUGUUUCCUCUUUGUUUUCUUGUUUUGUGGGAAGGAGAUGACGCUGAGCAUUUCGCGUACCGGUUUGUCAUUGACCGUUUCAGUCGUCUGAUCUCUGUCAUGCCGCCUCUCUCUGCUGCAGUGUCGCUUCCUUACCUUUCUGCCUGCACCGCUUCUGAAGCUGCAUAGCCAAGAAGCAAAACCUACAUUCUCCUGCUCCUUUUUGCCAUCUGGUGUCCAUUACGCUCUGUCAGGCCUUUUGUAAGGAAUGAUGCAAUGAUCGCAGGGAGGCCAUCUUGGCUGUAGUUUUCCUGUCCAGUUGGGUUUUUUCUUUUGGUAUAAGAGGGUAAAUUUUGUCUUAACUAAGUUACUCUCAAAUCUUGCCGAUGCGCAGUUGGGUUCUGACUUGAUUUUCUGUAUUCUGUGAAUGUUACACUGGUGUAGUUUAUACCUAUGACCAGAAGAGGGCACAAGAAUAGUAAAACUGCAGUGGCUAUUUAAUUUGGUUUAAAUUAGCCCUCAAAUGAGUCCCGUUUUAGUUUUUCGAAAUUUAAUUUGUGCUAAUCAUAUACAUAGUGCACUACUGAAGUUUAGAAAGUUCUGUUAGAAAUUGAUCAUUACCAUGAAUUGGCCACCAGCUCUAAUGGAGCUCAGAAGAAUAAUGCGAGUGUUGUAGGCCCACUGUCAGGAAAAUGAGUGAUAUAAUACAGGAAACUGUGUGUGGACUGAGUACUCGUUACUUGGAUUGGCUGUAUUUCCUUUUGUUUGCCGUGUGCUGCGGCUUUCGCAGAUUAGCCACCCGCUAACAAACACAAUUCCGCCGUGGGACCUGCUGGACAGAGCAUGCGUAACGUGCAUUUAUGACAUUUAAAACUUGGGUGGGGAAAAAGUCGCAACGAACAUUGAACCCUCACUUUUUUUCCCACUGUAUUUGCAGCUAUUCCAAUUUUCUAGUUUGAACAUGAUCACCCCCCCCUUGUCUCUGGUACCUCUGCUAAAUCUUUUGGACAAUUACGAAAAAGCAUAAACAACAAAUAAAAAAUACUAAAGUACAUUUAAAAAUUUAAGAGAAUUUGAAAUAUAGUACUACAGAUUAAUUUUGUACUGUAUUUAUUGUGUAUAAUGACAAACUUUUUUUAAAAAAAAAACUGUACAUUUAGUAAACUGUAAAUUAAACCUUGCUUUUUAAAAACAUA